AUGGUGACGAUCGCCACGGCGCCGUCCGGCGUCGUCCACCCGCAGACUUGGGCGUCAGCAGGCCAGGCAGGAGGAGGGGGAGGCCUGCAACCAGCGGUCGUCUACUCGAUGCAAGCCCCGUCGCGUGUUCAGCUGCCGGUGCACCCAUGGCAGCAGCAGCAACCGCACUACCAGCAGGAUCCGCAACAGCCCCGAUACCAGCCCGAGCACUACCGGGGCAGUCCUCAGAAGAGCGGGCGGAGCGGCUGGGUCGGGCGAGGUCACGGGGGCGGAGCGGGCCGGGGCAGCGGAGCUAGUGGCCGCGGCAUCGGUAGCGGGGUAGGGUCGCUGGGAGGCUGGGGAGCAGGAGGGGCCGCAGCGGUGGGAGGAGCACGAGGAGACAAGAAGCGCGAGCGGGGAGAGGAGUCGGAGCUGAAGGGGAGGGGGAAGGGGAAGGCGACCAGCAAGGGAGGAGCCAAGGCGUCGCGGCGUGAGGCGGACGGGGGGAGAGUAGGCCAAGCCGCUGCUGCUGCAGCAGUAGCAGCAAAAGCAGCAGAAGCAGCAGCAGCGGCAGCAGUUUCAAACCCCGACCACCGCAGCAACGUCCGCGUCCCACGACCCGCCAAGCUUCGACUCUCUUCGUCGUUACCAAGACCAUCGCUGCCACCCUUCACCUCGUCGGAAAAGGGCGAGGUCCCUCCCGAUGCCCUGCCAGUCACCAAGACGACACGCGGGUACGAGUACGAGCAUAGGCUCAUGGCGGCGGCGGCUGCCGCACAACAAUACCAGCAGCAGCAGCAGCAGCAGCAGCAGCAGCAGCAACCGUACCCCCAACACAUGAUUAUCCCCAAGUCGGACUUGAACGCCGCGGGUUUCGCGAGGGAGUCGAAAAAGCGCGGCAGUCACACCCCACACCAGCAGUCAGAUCUGACGUCCGAAAGGGCAGCCCGUACCCCGACCUCGACUUCGUCGCCUUCUGCCAGACGGUCGCAGAGUUCGAUCCGUCACAUGGGAAGCGCCGAGCAGCAGACAAACCUAGCUCGGGUCACGCUCGCGCUCAAGAUGGCGGAGAGGAAGGGCAGCCGAUUCACCUCGGCUUCGGCCAUCUUCGCCGCCGCGACCGCGGCGGCGAAGGGGGCCAGGGUAUCAACAAUCCGGGAGGAGGCAGCAGGCAGGAGCUCAGCGAAGCCGGCCGCUUCGUCGUCGACCGAGCGGUCGUCGCGGUCCAAGGCGCCGAAGCAGCGGGUCCCCGCUCCCUCGCCGCCCGCCGCCGCCGCCGUUGCCGUACGAUCUUCGAGGCCGGCGACACGGCUCAGCACGCCGGAGACCCACGACGCUGCUGCGGAGCACGAGCCGUACGCUGUUGCUGCUUGUGCAUCCGGCGGCGUGCUCAAGAAGAAAAGCAAGAAGAAGAAGGAGAAGAAGAAGAAGUCUGUCGCCCCUACGGCUGCUGCUGCCGCUCCUCCUCCGGCUACCACUCCAGCGGCUGCCGCUCCCGCCGCCGCCGCUGCCGCCGACGACGUCAAGAUGCAAAAGAAGUCGCUGUUGCGAACCAAGGCGGGUACGGACGAGGUGGCGGGGGCGGGGGCGGCGGCGGCGGCGGCGGCGGCGGCUCUGCCACCCACGACCCCCAUUGUGGUGCCCGCGGCGCCCUCACCCAUGCCCGCUCAACAACAGCCCGCCCCGACGAGAGCGGAGUACCUGGCGGUCGCCGCUGCGAAGGCCAAGGCCAAGGCGCGAGAGCUGCAGCAAGCUACUGCGAAGGCUCAGCGGGAAGCGGAGAACGCGCUCCGCGCAAUGUCCGAAGAGUUCAAGCGCAUGGAAGAGGGACCGGGUCUUGAUGACGACGCCGCUGCUGCUGCUGCUCCUGCUGGCGGAGGUUUGGGAACGAGCUACUUGGAGGAGGAGGAGGGAGUGGACCCGCGGCUGCAGUGGGGAGCGGAUGGGUCCCCCAGAGCGCGGUAUGACGUGUCCUCGUCCGAGGGUGAAAACGGCGAUGAUGCUGGGCCUCAACCGGAGGUGACCGGACAAGUGCCCCUCCAGCUAGGUGCCCAGCAGCCGCAACAACCGGCACCGCUUCUGCAGCAGCAGGGGCAGCAGCAGGGGCAGGGGGGGGGGUCGCCGCGAGCGCGCUACGACGUGUCGUCCUCAGAUGAAAACGGCGACGGCGGCGAUGCUAAUUACGUGGGGGGUCAGGCCCCAGUUUGCUCGGGAGCGUCGCCAAUGGAGGAAGACGAAGACGAAGAAGAAUAUGCUUCUUCAACCCCGGCCCGAUACGACGUUUCAUCUUCCGAUGACACCGGGAGCGGCACCGGUAUCUCCGAGGCGACCGUCACCGACAAGUCUCGUGCCGGCGGCGGUGUUAGCAGCGCGCGUGAUUGGGCAGACAAAGAAACUCCGCGAGGAGAGUCCCCGGUCAUAGGCCGGUACGACGUGUCCUCCUCGGAGGAAGAGGAGAAGGAAGACGACAACGGCAUCGGCGGCCGCGGCGGCGGUGGCGGCCGCGAAGGAAUUGGCGGGUUCGACGGCUCCCGGGACGCUUCUCCAACGCCGUCGCCGACGGGCUCGUUGCCCCUCGGCCGUUACGACGUCUCCUCUUCCGACGACGAUGAGCCGUUCUCGAGCGCCGUCGCCGCCGGCGAUAGCAGCCGGUCGCUAGAAAUAGACCUAGCGUCGGCGGCGGCGGCGGGUCGCUACGACGUGUCGUCUUCGGACUGCCGCAGCAGCAGCAGCAGCAGCAGCAGCAGCACCGAGAGCAGCUUCGACGUACAGGAGUACACCAACUUCUUCGCCGCCAAGGCCAUCGACGGAAGCGGCGGCGGCCUCGGGCUCCCGAACCCGCUGGCGGUGGUGCCGGCCGGUGGCCCCAGGGGAAGGGCCGCGAGGCGCGCGGCCGAGAUCAUGGAGGCCGUAGCGCUAGUGGCCGAGUACCGCAACAACCGAGCGGCCGCUGCCGGCUCGGCGGCCGAAGACGGGGACGACGAGGAGGAGGGGUACUCCCCGUGGGACAUUGACUCCGAGGGAGGGGAGGACUCGGGCGAUGAGGUGUACACCUUCGCAGGCCGCCGGCAGCGGCGACGCCUGCUACCGCGGUCCUCGGCGAGGAAGGUGUGGCACAGCGGGGCUGAGUUCGAGUGGGCGGAGGUCGAUCUGGAGGACCCCCUCGCGGCGCACAAGGGCCUGCUUGACCGCCUCGCCGGGAUGGGCACCCCCCUUCCGGGCGUGCCGGCUCCAUCAAGCGGCAGCGUCGUUGGCUCCGCCAGGGGCAGCGUCGUUGGCUCCCCCAGGGGAAGCAGGAGCGGCAGCGUCGCUUCGGCCUCCGACGCCGCGGACGGAGUGCCGUACGCCAACAGCCUUCACCCCGCCACAACCCACUCCAGCUCCGAGUCCAGCGCUAGCCCAAACCCCAACAACAUUAAGAGGGUCAAGAAGAAGUCCAAGAAGGGACAUGCCAGUAGGGGCGUCUACGCCCCGCCGCCGGCAGCGGCCGCGGCCCCCCCCAGGCGGCCGGUGGCCGUGUCGGACGUGGACAGGGCUGCCGGGGUGGGCCACUGGACCAACCUCAUGCACAGCGCGGGCAACGUAGACCCCAUCGAGCUGAACCCGACCAAGCGCGCCGCGGCCGAGGCCGCCGCCGCCACCGCCGCCCCGGGCAAGAAGGGGGGCGGGAGUGCGCGCUCCGUGCCCGCUCCGCCGGUCCCCGUGGUGGAGCCGCCCAAGCCGAUGAAGGAGUUCCCGCCUGGGAGCGGGAAGAUGGUGUUGGACGAGCUGGCCCACGCGCGAAUGUACCCCGGCGGCGCCGUACUCAACAUGAAGUCCUUCAAGGUGGGUGAUGAUGAUGAUGAUGAUGGAAUCUUGUGA